AUGUCUUUGGGAAAUGUAAUUUUAGUCUCAGAAAGUGACAAGAAAUUAGAAGGGGACGAGGAGCUUUUCGUCCAGUCCUUACCAGUUUCAGAGCUUCCUAUUAAACAUGUAAAUAAACCUCCUAGCUCUGGAGAGGAAUAUUUACGAAUGGUGAGACAAGAAGCUAUAAAGACACCCUAUGUUUUUACCGCGUCACAAACACCCUUGCAUAACACUAAAAAAAAGGCAGCCGAAUGGGUGAAGCGUGGCUGGGAAGCAGGAAAUGUCUUGAAAAGCAGCAGUUUAGAAAUCGAGAAAUUAUUACCACGGGAAGAAUGGGAAAUUUUAUUUAUAAAUAAGUUCGAGAAGCUGCGAAAGGCAUUGCGACUAUGUAUAUCCAAAAAUUUCAACCGAUUUCCUCUAUCACCCGGCAUUCGUUUGCCCAAGUGGCGCGCGGAAGCUGAUUGGUACAAGUUUUGUUAUGGGGUCGAUUUGCCAACGCAGAAACAAUUGAAAAUUGUAAAUGAAAUCGGAAAUCAAGAAGCAAAUAUAAAAGAGAGUGGCAACCUUCCAUCUUUGAGUAUUAUAUCUCGAUUAGAUCAGCAAACUACUCUAACCUUACUCUCUUACCACGCCAAAUGGCUCAACAUUACCGGAAUUACCAAGGAGCAAUCCAGAUGGAUAUUUGCCUUGUUUCUACGCGUUGACCAAUUAUUGAUGCCGGAUCAAAUAUCGACUUUAAGAGAAUUAUGUCGAAAAUGCAUUGAAAUUAGGAGAUCAAUGCGGAAUCAAGAUGAUCUAGAACUCCCAUCUAUCAAUAUUUUUAUCACGAUUGUAAGAAGAUACUUUGGUCAAAAAGACCUCGGUUGA